ACACACUCUGGCAUACCCACUCUCCAACUUACAGAUACGCCUGCCCUCAGACACGCCGCAACACUUGCCUCGACACCCGCUGCGUGGGCGCACAAUUAUCUCUACACUAAAACGCUGCACUCUAGCAGCAAGAAAAGCACAAGGUCUCUCACUUCUCACGACUGAAGCAUGCUCUAUCUAUUAUCAAGGAAUGCCUAAUUUUGUGUGAAGCUGCCGAAAGGGAAAAAAGGAGCGCUCUGGCUUCCAAACCCGACCCAGACCCCAUCCCAAAGAGCAGCAGAUGUGACAGAAGAGGAGAGGCGGAGAGAGAAACACAAUCUCCCUUACCCCUCCUCAUCUGGGAGAACAAUACCCGGUCUCUAGUUGGAGAGGGUCAGCUUUUGUCCUUCUCCGCACGCUCCCGCUCAAGAGUGAAGAGCAGACAGACGCGCUGACACAUUGACCUGCUGCUGUGAGAAGAGAAGACGGAGCAAAGCAUCUGCUGCACUCUACUCGGUUUGAUUCAGUACUUGGACAGUUCCUGAGCAACAACCAGUAUCGUGUGUGCGCACGUUUGUAUGAGAGUGAAGGGAGACUGUCGGGUGAGUAACUGAAGGUGAUUCAGUUUGGAGCGAAGAAGCAGAAAUGCAGCCCCCACGUUCACUCCAGCUUGGUCCCUGUGGCGCCUCUCUGUCCCUGGGAUCUCAGGGAAGCACUACUACCUUCCAGCUGGAAGAGAAGCAGCUUUUUGAGAAGUUUUGGAAAGGGACUUUCAAGGCUGUGGCCACCCCAAGACCAGAGAGUGUCAUUGUGGCUAGCAUCACUGCCAGUAGGAGAGUGACUGACUCAGAAACAACAACCUGCCAGCAGCUCAAGCCUGAUGAGAGGAAAGCUGUGGACACAAGGGACAGAUAUGGCUGCAUCAAAGGAAACAGACGUAAACAUCGCAGCCAUCGCAGGGCCAGGAGUCCGUCCUUUGAUGAGGAACCUUCCCCUCGGCCAAAGAGGAAGAAGAAGAAGAGGAAGUCUGAGCGGAAGAGGAAGAGGAAAAGGUCUCCUUCUUACAGCCUGUCACCACCGAGGAAGAAGAAAAAGAAGAAGAAGAAGAGCUCCAAGAAAAGCAAGCGGCACAGGUAUACCUCCAAGAAGUCAAAACACAGCUCUUCAAGUUUAAAACAUAAGAGGAAGGAUGAACGCAAGCACAAGAAAAGUUCUCGGACUCACUCACGUCGGAGACGGCGGUAUCGGAGGUCAGAGUCAGAGACUUCUUCCUGCCAAUCUUCAACAGAGGACAGACACCAUCUGCAAAAAUCUGUGGUUCAUCAAGCAUUUGGAGACCUGGCAGCUGUAGGACAGGAAACCAAUGCAGUGCUCAACUACACAGACAUGAAGUGGAGACCUACAACCAAAUCAGUGUGUAAAAUGGCUCCAAAAUAUCGCUCCAUCCUCUCUGCUGGCACCACUUUGUCGUCAAAACCUGCAAGUGAGAUUUUACAUGGAAAUGGGUCUCAGCAUUUAACGAGCCAGACUGUAGGUCCACAUGAUUACGAUUCUGGGAAUGACACAUCUUCGCCGCCAUCGAGCAAAACUGGUGUUUCUCAGGGGAGUGUCACUCUUGACAACAAGAGCAACAGCUGUCAACGUGUGGCCUCGCCAGGGAAGCUAAAGUUCACUGAGAGAGACAAUGUCUCUGAUUCAGGAAACUCUGUGACCAGCUAUGCUUCCUUGUGCAAACCUUACGGGGAAGACGGUUUGUCUGGAACCCUUUUCAGUGGAAACGGCAAGAGAGAGCAGAUAACCUUGGGGUGUCGGCUAGAGGUUGUGAGAUCCCCAAAGACAUCCAGCUGCUCAGAGAGGAGGAGCGACUUGUCUCAAGGGCGACGGAAAACCCGGUCAUCUAGCAGCAGGAGCAGGAGCAGAUCCUCAGGGAGUUCCAGAUACUCUGGACGCUACUCUCGAAACCCCUCGCUUUCAUCUUGCAGCUCAUACUCACGCUCAAUGAGUAAUUCAGCUGAUCUGAGGCGAAGAGGAAGCGUAGCGAGCCUGAGCUCCAGAGGAAGCUACUCAAGAUACAGUCCCGACAGACUGCGAGACAGAAAAAAAACAGCUAGCUCCAGAGAGACAGAUGCGAAGCAUACACAUAAAGUUAGUGGGAAGAGGCGAAGACGCAAAUCCUACUCUCCUAUGAAGAAAAGGAGGAGAGACUCACCAAGCCAUCUGGAAGCACGGCGAAUCACAAGUGCCAGGAAGCGACCCAUUCCUUACUUCCGACCAAGCCCAUCCUCUAGCAGUCGGUGCACCAGCGUGUCAUCCUGGAGCAGCCUCUUCACUCGCAGUCGCAGCCCUCUGUACAGCAUCAGCCGCAGCAGGAGCAGGAGCCAGAGCCACAGCUACUCCUCCUACCGGAGCUACAGCCGCAGUUCAUCAUGGAACUCAGUCUUUGGGAGCCGCAGUCGUAGCCGGAGCCGCGGUUCGUUGAACAAACGGAACAAAACCAGGCACUAGGUUUCUCAACAUUAGGAGACCAAAUCUGCAGUUGUGGUUCCCGUUGAGAACGAGGACAGAGGCUGUCAGUGCAAUCAACUGUGUGUGUCUCAGUGCUCAGCUUUGAUGCUUGAGUGGAAAUGUCCUAGCAGUGGUCCAACCACCAUUGAAGCAGUCUUGUUCACUCUGCCCACAGACAGCUAGGAGACUGAAUGUCUUUUUGUCUCUUUUGUUUUUGUAUUGCAUCCUUUGCAUCUGCACUCACAAUGGCCUGAGACUGUUCAUCUCCUAGAUAUUUACAAUGCAAGCUGCAUAUAAGAAACAUUAUUAAUGAAUUUAGUCACCUAACAUCCCUGUUCUAUAUAUUUCUUUCCAGAUGUCUGUACAUUUCACUUUAAUUUAUUUUUGCAAAUGCUUUAACAGGCUGUUAUUUAUUUCAUAAUUUAUGGCACAUAAUGCAGCUUAGUAAUGGGUUCAACAAGCACUGAAAUUACCUCAUUCCCAUUUUGAUUUUGAAUUGCAAUAUAUGUUUUAGCCAUAUGCAAGUGCACAGUGGUUAACAUGUAACUAAUGUUUAACAUGACAUCAAGCAUUUAGCAUACCUGUGUCCUAGUUUUUGCACUAAUAGAUGAAGCAUAGAGGUAACAUUUGAGCCGUUUGAUCCACUUACAAAUGAUUUCACAGGGAUCGUUAUCAGGAAUAAAGAGAGGGUUUGUCGCUCUGAUCUCAACACUUCACAAGGUGGAGGACAAACAUGUUUCCCCCUCCUGACAGCAAGCAAACUGGCUGUCAGCUCAAAUGUCAAAUUAAUUCAUCCUCUGAUCAAGUGGAAAACAAUUGAAAUGUCAGUCCAUGUAGUAUAACAGAGAGCGAUCGAAACAAGGGGAGAUUCUUUUGACAAAACAUCUGAUGAAUUUGUUUUGAGAAAAGGGUGUUUUAAAGAUAAGAUGAUGAACUUUUUUUGUGCUCCAAAGCAGAUCACAUUCGUAGCUAUGUUCAUGUAGGGAACAGUCUCUGACUUUAUUUGCUAGGUUGUUUUUUUUAAUUAGGCACAGAGAAAAGCUGUACUUUGCUGAAAAUUAGUCUAAAUUUACAAACAGCACACAUUCCCAGUUUAUUUGGAAAAUUGUGUUCUUGCUGCACCACUGGAAUAAACCCAUAAACCAUUAUAUUUUUGAGUUGUUACUCAACAGAAGGUCUAGUUUUGAGUUGUGCAGCACUAUACAUAUUUAUUACUUGUCUAAUAUUUAUUGUUUCAUUGUAACUCUCAGUAGUAGUCAGUCUUUCUAUGCAACACUGUCACUUUGUAGUUUUUAUGACACUGCUGUAACUGAUUUUGUUGUAAAUUAUAAUCCGGCUCAUACAUAUUGUUCAACACAGACUGGAUGAAAAACUGCAGAAAAUGGUGGAAUAUUAUCCUCACUGUCUAAGCUUUUUAUCUUUUGUGUAUUUUUAAAGCACAAAUAUGACAUUCUUGUAAAAUAUGCUCAUCUGCUUUCUUGUCAAGAGUUUAAAGAUCAAUACCACGCUCAAGUCUGUUUCCUAAAUAUAACACCACAGCUAGAAGAUAGAGCCUAACUUAUUAAAAACACUGGAAAGAAGGGGCAGCAACUAGCCAAACUAACCAAAGGUAACAAAUUUUUCACUAUGGUUGAAGCCUGCUAAUUACCAACUUACAUUUUAUACAGUAAGUCACAUUUUUAAAAACUAGCAAAUGAUCAGAAGGAAAUUUCAAUCUGCAGUAAUUUAUAUUUCUAGGCACGACUCUGUUCUGGGAACUCGCUGCCUUUUCGUGUCAAAACAGUAAAAGAUGGGAACAGAAGCACAGAACAGGGUUGACAUUAGGGGUGACACUGAUUAGUCAGAAACAGCACAAGAGGAGGAGCUAGGGUGGGUUGCAAAGUAGCUUGUAGGUGUGCACAGACUAAAACAAGUUAAACAUACUGUAAGCUAAUUGGGUGUGUUGAAAGGUGUCAGAUAAGGCUGGCAAAGAGAUCAGUGCAUUUGCUGGGAUUGUGUCUGAGCUUGAGUCUGUGGCCUGACUGAAGUAAAGCUAUGCACUCCAAGGUUACUGCAAAACAAAGAAAACUGUUAAUUAGUGGGUAUUAAAGCUUGUAGUAGGUGGAACGUGUUGCCUUUGGAUAGAAUCACAUACCUAUUUCCUGCUAACCAGCAGCUGAUCACUAUGUCACAGACAUGAGCGUGGUAACGUUCUCAUUUCGCGUGUGCAUCUCCUAAGAUAUCAAAAGAUUUCUUCAAAGUUAAUUUUGAUAAUUUUUCUGCAAAAAAAAAGUUUGAAGCUGCCUUGGCUUAUAAUUAAGAGUUAUAUUUCUCGAUCAUUUCAAAUCCAUCAUCCUGUCUGCGUAACUGCUCCAGGCCUGACAGACUGCUCUCUAUGCACUCAAUACUCUCAGCUUAUUUCCCUGAAUGUCAUCUAAAUUGGAGGAAUGAGGGAAAUAUGAGGCAGGAAGAGGAAGGAACUUGGCACAGAACUCAUUCAUAAACUAUAAACUGAUGAUGACUCGUGACAAGCAGUGUUGACUAGGAGCCAUGGGAAGAUUUGUGCAGUCAAGUUGACAGAUUUUUCUAGAUGGGCACCCAGGGCAAUGCCCCCCCCCCCCCCCCCCCCCCCAUUUCUCAAUGUAAAGUUUACAUCAGUUCUUGUGCAAAAUUAUUUUGUAUAUGUGGUGUAAAUAUGCAUCUGCAUUGUAUAAAUUAUACAAAGGGUGUGACUAUUUUGUUUAGAGAAUGUGAUUGGAGCCUCCUUGGAUGUUAUAGAUAAAAUGUAUCAACCAGUUUAAGAGGAAAAAGAAGACGAUAUGCAUCAGUCAACAGACUCUAGCUGUCUUUGUGCUUAAGGUCCCUUUGAUCAUGUCUUUUGCUUUUUUAAGAAUUUCAAUAACAAGCUCAUAUAGCAAUAGUGAUUCUAUGUUAUUGUAAAAUUAUGCAUAUUCUCCCCGUUUUCCACAUGAACGAGCAUACCGAAAAAGCAUAUUUUUCAUACUGUCACGUUUUAUCUUGCGUCAGUGUGAACUCUACAUUGUAAUGUCACCUUGAAAUUGAAUCGCCCCCUCUAUGACCCCAUGAAAUUUCCUUUUGACUGUGUGUUCAGAAAAAGCUAUAUAAAAUCGUGUUCUGAAUGAUGAUGAUUGCAGUCUUGUUUUACG